AUGUUGCUAUCAAAGAUCAAGACCACAUUAGAGAAGGAACACCAAAAUGAUCCAAACUGCAAUGUUAGUGGCACGAAGGAUGAGCUUGGACGAGAGAUUGAAGAAGACGAAAGUGAUGUGAACGAAGAUGAAGAUGAAGAUGAUAAUGAUGAUGAUGUUGACGAUGCAGAUGACGAAAAUGAUGAUGACGAUGAUGAUGGCAAUGAUGCUCAGUUGGGUAAUGAAGGUGCUCAAGAAGGCGAACCCGAAGACAGUGCUACAAUUUUAAUCGGCCCUGACUAUGACACCUUUCCUCAAAGAUCUCCCUUAAGAAAAUUACCCUCUGACAGUGAUGACCAGGACGAAGUUUCAACCAAACAUCCCGAAGAUCUGUCUCGUGCCAUAGUUCCACAUGUCCAACCCAUGGACGAGACUCCGAUCAAGCAAGAAAAAGAAAAUGUGUGUGAGGGCAAACUGGAAGCCUCACCAAUUCUUCUUAGCUUAGCAAGUGGUGGAAAACGGGAAGCACCACCUCAAGAUGAACACAUGGACACGACGCCAACAAACAUUGAGGAAGAAUCUACUGCAGAGUCCCCACGGACUAUCAUGAACCUCAUGAGAGAAACUGUCCAUUCAGCCGAAACCAUCCACAUGCAAUAUCUUGCUCUACGAGAAAAGGACACGAAAGUUUUGGAUGAUUUGUGCAAGAAGGUCGAUUUUCUGAUAGCUGCACAAUCUCAACCUCAGCCUCCACCUCCAGCACAGCCUCAACCGCAGCCACAAAGCCAAUCAGAUCACAAGAUCCUUGAACGAAUGGCAAAGAAGCUCCAUGACCUUGAAACUGCCCUGAACAAAGUUGCACGGCAACAACACGAGAUCAAACAUUCUCAUUUCAGUCUCAAAGAGCGUGUUGAUCUAGCCUGUACAAAAAUUGACACUUAUCAAGAUAACUCGUACCAACUGGGAGAAUAUGCCCUUCAAAUUCUUGGGUAUGCCCAGGAUAUCUUGCUUGCAAUCAAUAAGGUUUCCUCUGUUCCUCCUACCACCUGUGCAGAUGAUGCCAAAAAGGGGGAAAAGAGAGAUGACGACAAAGAUAAGGAUGAUGAUCGUCCGAGAGAUAUCACGAAAGAUCAGUCUCCACAAGCAAGACACUCACCCUCUCGGACACCAAGAGACUCUAGCCGAAGGAACACAAAUCCAUCCCAUCCUCCCUCAAGGUCUCGUGGUCACCAUUCCUCGAAGUCAAGAUACCAUGGUCGAUACCAAUCCAAAUCUCUUAAGCCUCGCCAAUCCUUCGGUUCUGAAGCCAAGUACAUCUUCACGGGUUUGCCCAAGAGAGAGCAAACGAAACUAAGGCAGAGACUUAUGAAGGACAACAGAGUAACUAUGGAUGGCAUAGGAAACUUUGUGGACUUUGUUCCAUACGAAGAAGGAAGUGGUAAAUGUUUUGAGGGUUGCAACGUUCCUACCUGGCUUAAAACUAGGGACAAUCAUACAAGGCAAGAUCACAUCAGCACCCAAAACGAGAGGAUCAAAAGAGAAAAUAGAGAACUAUGGAAGAAACAUGAUGAAGAAAUCAAAAGAAGAGAAGAUGAAGCAAUGGAAAGAGAAAGGAUCAGGAGUCUCAUUGAAGAUCUUUCUAGUGUAACCAAAGACUCCCCACAGAAUGUCAUUCACAAUGCAGCUUUCAAAGUGCACAAGGAAUCAGGAAAGAGUUAUCAAGAAGGCAUGAAUUCGUUUGAGCUAAUUUCGUGGUGGAAGUCUGGAAUUGUUGAAGGAAGCAACAUUCGUGAAGCCUAUAACAAUUACACAAGCCUGAAUAUCAAAGGAGAACAUGAAGAGCUUGUCAGGACUAAUCCAAUUAAAGUCUUCAGAGCAAAAAUCAAUGAGAAAAUAGACUUCAACAGGAUGCUAAAGCAACAAAAGGAAAGGGAUGACCGAGAACUCAAGGAAGCUGAACAACAGAAAUCAAAGCUCUUAGAAAUGUAA